AUGUGCGUCCAGGGCCGUCGGGGAACGGGCAAAGGCUGGAGCUCUCCGGAAUGUGUGCCGAGUCCCUGGGUGUCCUGCGACGGGCGAGGAGUGCCCCCACUGGAGAACUUCGGGGACCAGACGCUGAGGAACAAAGAGUCGUCCAGGCGGCGCACCUGUCGGCCCAGUCUCCGCAGCCUGAGCCUGGCGAACCCUUGUCUCUAUGUCCCAGUGGAUGGGCUGGUGAAUGGUCACAGUAACUGCUGUGGUCGAGUGGAGAUCCAGCACAAAGCCCAGUGGGGAACAGUGUGUGAUGAUGACUGGGACUUAAAGGAUGCAGAGGUGGUGUGUAGACAGCUUGGAUGUGGUAAAGCAGUCAGCGCUCCUCAUAAUGCCCGCUUUGGUCAGGGAAGUGAACCAACCUGGCUGGAUAAUGUUCGAUGUAAUGGAACUGAGAGCUACAUAGAUCAGUGCUUACAUGGAGGAUUUGGAGUAGAGAACUGUGGACAUGGGGAAGAUGCUGGAGUUGUUUGCCUGAUUCAUAAGCAGAUCAGGCUGGUGAAUGGUACGGGUAACUGCUGUGGUCGAGUGGAGAUCCUGCACAACACCCAGUGGGGAACAGUGUGUGAUGAUGACUGGGACUUAAAGGAUGCAGAGGUGGUGUGUAGACAGCUUGGAUGUGGUAAAGCAGUCAGCGCUCCUCAUAAUGCCCGCUUUGGUCAGGGAAGUGAACCAACCUGGCUGGAUGAUGUUCGGUGUAAUGGAACUGAGAGCUACCUAUAUCAGUGCUCACACAGAGGAUUUGGGGUAGAGAACUGUGGACAUGAUAGAGAUGCUGGAGUCGUGUGCUUAAAUUUGCAGAGUCCUACACUGACUUGGAUCUCCUCAAAUUCUGUGGUCUCACCUGGAGAAGUCCUUCAGUUCAGAUGUUCCACACCCAGCCCAACAUGCAUUUCUGUAGACUUCAGUUUGUAUAAAACUGGGACAUUAAUAAAGAAGCAAACAGCAGAGACUACAACAACAUUUACUCUGACUGUAGAUGAAUCACAUCAGGGCCAGUACGCCUGUGACUACUCAUACAGGGAAAGUAACUCUACAUCUUCCAGGAGCAGCUCCAUUAGCAUCACUGUGGCUCAUAACCAGAUCAGACUGGUGAAUGGUCACAGUAACUGCUGUGGUCGAGUGGAGAUCCAGCACAAAGCCCAGUGGGGAACAGUGUGUGAUGAUGACUGGGACUUAAAGGAUGCAGAGGUGGUGUGUAGACAGCUUGGAUGUGGUAAAGCAGUCAGCGCUCCUCAUAGUGCCCGCUUUGGUCAGGGAAGUGAACCAACCUGGCUGGAUAAUGUUCGAUGUAAUGGAACUGAGAGCUACAUAGAUCAGUGCUUACAUGGAGGAUUUGGAGUAGAGAACUGUGGACAUGGGGAAGAUGCUGGAGUUGUUUGCCUAAAUUUACAGAGUCCCACACUGACUCGGAUCUCCCCAAACUCUGUGGUCUCACCUGGAGAAGUCCUUCAGUUCAGAUGUUCCACACCCAGCCCAACAUGCAUCUCUGUAGACUUCAGUUUGUAUAAAACUGGGACAUUAAUAAAGAAGCAAACUGCAGAGACUACAACAACAUUUACUCUGACUGUAGAUGAAUCACAUCAGGGCCAGUACACCUGUGACUACUCAUACAGGGAAAGUAACUCUACAUCUUCCAGGAGCAGCUCCAUUACCAUCACUGUGGCUCAUAACCAGAUCAGACUGGUGAAUGGUCACAGUAACUGUUGUGGUCGAGUGGAGAUCCAGCACAAAGCCCAGUGGGGAACAGUGUGUGAUGAUGACUGGGACUUAAAGGAUGCAGAGGUGGUGUGUCGACAGCUUGGAUGUGGUAAAGCAGUCAGCGCUCCUCAUAAUGCCCGCUUUGGUCAGGGAAGUGAACCAACCUGGUUGGACGAUGUUCGGUGUAAUGGGACUGAGAGCUACAUAGAUCAGUGCUCACACAGAGGAUUUGGAGUAGAGAACUGUGGACAUGAUAAAGAUGCUGGAGCCGUGUGCUUAAAUUUGCAGAGUCCCACACUGACUCAGAUCUCCCCAAACUCUGUGGUCUCACCUGGAGAAGUCCUUCAGUUCAGAUGUUCCACACCCAGCCCAACAUGCAUCUCUGUAGACUUCAGUUUGUAUAAAACUGGGACAUUAAUAAAGAAGCAAACUGCAGAGACUACAACAACAUUUACUUUGACUGUAGAUGAAUCGCAUCACAGCCAGUACACCUGUGACUACACAUACAGGGAAAGUAACUCUACAUCAUCCAGCAGCAGCUCCAUUAUUAUCACUGUGGUGAACUUGCAGCAGCCCAAUAUAUCUUUCAGCGCUGCCGAUGGACCAGAAGUGACCAGGGGCUACAGCUUCUCCAUUAUCUGCUCCAUUGAACCUCAGUAUCCAGGAGGUUCCUUCCACUUGGAGCUCAGUGGAUCCAUCAUCACCAGGACUCAGUCAGCUGUUAACCACUCAGCUGUCUUUCUUUUUCCUGAGGCAGAUUUUGUCCAUCAAGGAAACUACAGCUGUACUUAUGAAGUCAACGUGUCUUCACGCACCUUUACCUCUACUGCUACUGAACCCCUGUUCAUCACUGUGAUGGAUGGCGCUAACAUACGGCUCAUUAAUGGCAGUAACUCCUGCUCUGGUAGAGUGGAAGUCUAUUAUAAUAACCAGUGGGGAACAGUGUGUGAUGAUGACUGGGACAUGAGUGAUGCACAGGUGGUGUGUAGACAACUUAGAUGUGGUAAUGCUGUCAGCGCUCAUCAAAGUGCUGCCUUUGGUCAGGGAAGUGGCUCAAUAUGGAUGCAUGAUGUUCAGUGUUCUGGAAGUGAAAGCAGCAUCACACAGUGCUCUCACAGGGGAUUUGGAAAACAUGACUGUACCCAUAGUGAAGAUGCUGGUGUUACCUAUUCUUAUAAAGAGAUCAGACUGGUGAAUGGUGCGAGUAACUGCUGUGGUAGAGUGGAGAUUCGGCACAAAGCCCAGUGGGGAACAGUGUGUAGUGAUGACUGGGACCUAAAGGAUGCAGAGGUGGUGUGUAGACAGCUUGGAUGUGGUAAAGCAGUCAGUGCUCCUCAUAAUGCCCGCUUUGGUCAGGGAAGUGAACCAACCUGGCUGGAUGAUGUUCAGUGUACUGGGACUGAGAGCUACCUAUAUAAGUGCUCACACAGAGGAUUUGGAGUAGAGAACUGUGGACAUGGUGAAGAUGCUGGAGUCGUGUGCUCGAAUUUGCAGAGUCCCACAAUGACUCGGAUCUCCCCAAACUCUGUGGUCUCACCCGGAGAAGUCCUUCAGUUCAGAUGUUCCACACCCAGCACAACAUGCAUCUCUGUAGACUUCAGUUUGUAUGAAACUGGGACAUUAAUAAAGAAGCAAACUGCAGAGACUACAACAACAUUUACUCUGACUGUAGAUGAAUCACAUCAGGGCCAGUACACCUGUGACUACACAUACAGGGAAAGUAACUCUAUAUCAUCCAGGAGCAGCUCCAUUACCAUCACUGUGGGAAACUUGCAGAAGCCCAGUAUAUCCUUCAGUGCUGCUGGUAAAGCAAAAAUAACAAGGGGCUACAGCUUCUCCAUCAUCUGCUCCACUGAACCUCAGUAUCCAGGAGGUUUGUUCAACUUGGAGCUCAGUGGAUCCAACAUCACCAGAACUCAGUCAGCUGUUAACCACUCAGCUGUCUUCCUUUUUUCUGAGGCAGAUUUUGUCCAUCAAGGAAACUACAGCUGUACUUAUAAAGUCAACGUGUCUUCACGCACCUUUACCUCCCCUCCCACUGAACCUCUGUUCAUCACUGUGAAAGAUGGCUCCAAUAUCAGGCUGGUGAAUGCUCCAAAUUACUGCUGUGGUCGAGUGGAGAUCAGGCACAACGACCAGAGGGGAACAGUGUGUGAUCAUUCCUGGGACUUAAAGGAUGCAGAGGUGGUGUGUAGACAGCUUGGAUGUGGUAAAGCAAUAAUCGCUUCUCGUAAUGCCCGCUUUGGUCAAGGAAGUGAACCAACCUGGCUGGAUGAUGUUCAGUGUACUGGAACUGAGAGCUACAUAGAUCAGUGCUCACACAGAGGAUUUGGAGUAGAGAACUGUGAACAUCAUGAAGAUGCUGGAGUCGUGUGUUUAAUUCAUAAUGAGAUUACAUUGGUCAAUGGUGCGAGAAACUGUUGUGGUCGAGUGGAGAUCAAGCACAAAGCCCAGUGGGGAACAGUAUGUGAUCAUUCCUGGGACUUAAAGGAUGCAGAGGUGGUGUGUAGACAGCUUGGAUGUGGUAAAGCAGUCAGCGCUCCCCAUAAUGCCCGCUAUGGUCAGGGAAAUGAACCAACCUGGCUCAGUGAUGUUCAGUGUACUGGGACUGAGAGCUACAUAGAUCAGUGCUCACACAGAGGAUUUGGAAUAGAGGACUGUGAACAUCAUGAAGAUGCUGGAGUCGUGUGCUUAAAUUUGCAGACUCCCACACUGACUCGGAUCUCCCCAAAUUCUGUGGUCUCACCUGAAGAAGUCCUUCAGUUCAGAUGUUCCACACCCAGCCCAACAUGCAUCUCUGUAGACUUCAGUUUGUAUAAAACUGGGACAUUAAUAAAGAAGCAAACUGCAGAGACUACAACAACAUUUACUCUGACUGUAGAUGAAUCACAUCAGGGCCAGUACACCUGUGACUACACAUAUACGGAAAGUAACUCUAUAUCAUCCUGGAGCAGCUCCAUUACCAUCACUGUAGUGAACUUGCAGCAGCCUAAUGUCUCCUUCAAUGCUGGGGGUGGAUGGUUCUACUGGGAGUCUGAUGGACCAGAAGUGACCAGGGGCUACAGCUUCUCUAUCAUCUGCUUCACUGAACCUCAGUAUCCAGGAGGUUCCUUCCACUUGGAGCUCAGUGGAUCCAACAUCACCAGGACUCUGGCUGUUAACCACUCAGCUGUCUUCCUUUUUCCUGAGGCAGAUUUUGUCCAUCAGGGAAACUACAGCUGUACUUAUGAAGUCAAUGUGUCUUCACGCACCUUUGCCUCCACUGCCAGUGAACCCCUGUUCAUCACUGUGAAAGAUGGCGCUAAUCUACAACUCGUUGGUGGCAGUAACUUCUGCUCUGGUAGAGUGGAAGUCUAUUAUAAUAACCAGUGGGGAACAGUGUGUGAUGAUGACUGGGACAUGAAGGAUGCGCAUGUGGUGUGUAGACAGCUUGGAUGUGGUAAUGCUGGCAGUGCUCAUAAAAAUGCUACCUUUGGUCAGGGAAGUGGCCCAAUAUGGCUAGAUGAUGUUCAGUGUUCUGGAAAUGAAACCACCAUCACACAAUGCUUACAUAGAGGGUUUGGAAAACACAACUGUGUCCAUGGUGAAGAUGCUGGUGUUACUUGCUCAGGCCAUUAUGCGAUCAGGCUUAUUAAUGGUCGCAGUAACUGUUGUGGUCGAGUAGAGAUCCAGCACAAAGCCCAGUGGGGAACAGUGUGUGAUCAUUCAUGGGACUUAAAGGAUGCAGAGGUGGUGUGUAGACAGCUUGGAUGUGGUAAAGCAGUCAGCGCUCCUCAUAAUGCCCGCUUCGGUCAGGGAAGUGAACCAACCUGGCUGGAUGAUGUUCAGUGUACAGGAACUGAGAGCUACAUAGAUCAGUGCUCACACAGAGGAUUUGGAGUAGAGGACUGUCCACAUCAUGAAGAUGCUGGAGUCGUGUGCUCAGAUUUGCAGAGUCCUACAAUGACUUGGAUCUCAUCAAACUCUGUGGUCUCACCUGGAGAAGUCCUUCAGUUCAGAUGUACCACACCCAGCCCAACAUGCAUCUCUGUAGACUUCAGUUUGUAUAAAACUGGGACAUUAAUAAAGAAGCAAACUGCAGAGACUACAACAACAUUUACUCUGACUGUAGAUGAAUCACAUCAGGGCCAGUACACCUGUGACUACACAUACAGGGAAAGUAACUCCAUAUCAUCCAGGAGCAGCUCCAUUACCAUCACUGUGGUGAACCUGCAGCAGCCCAGCAUUUUCUUACAUGUUGCUGAUGGACCAAAAGUAACAAGGGGCUACAGCUUCUCCAUCAUCUGCUCCACUGAACCUCAGCAUCCAGGAGGCUUCUUCCACUUGGUGCUCAGUAGAUCCAACAUCACCAGGACUCAGUCAGCUGUUAAUCAUUCAGCUCUAUUCUUCUUUCCUGAGGCAGAUUUUGUUCAUCAGGGAAACUACAGCUGUACUUAUGAAGUUAACGUGUCUUCACGCUCCUUUACCUCCCCUCCCACUGAACCGCUGUUCAUUACGGUGAAAGCAUCUCUGACUCCUUACAUUGCUGUUGGAGCGACAGCAGGACUGCUUCUCAUCUUAGUACCAGUCAUCAUAUGCUUGGUGAAAACACAGAAAAGGAAAAAUUGUCAAGAGGAUAAGAUCUAUGAUAUACGUUGUUGA